UGAAAAUUGAUGAAGUAAAAUAAUUCAAUUUUGACCUUCAAAAAUUAUCCAGGCAUCAUAGCUUCACUUUUAAAGUAUACCAAUAAUGUUCUGGUCAAUGUAUUUUCUUCUAUAGGAAUAUGCAGUACAAACAUGAUAAAGCAAUGAAGGAAUGGUAACCCAUCUAUCACAAUAUAAGAUAACCUGAUAUAAAGUUUUAAGGAUACAUGCAUAAAAACAUGGAUAGUACACCUACAUUUAGACUGUCAUAAAUGCAGGCAAUUGCUGGGAGAAGAGCUUUCUGGUUUAGGCAUCAAAGACCUACAGAAUCUGGAAAACCAAUUGGAAAUGAGUUUGAAGGGAGUCCGAAUGAAGAAGGAAAAAAUUUUAACUGAUGAAAUAAGAGAAUUAAACCAAAAGGGGAGCCUCAUUCAUCAAGAGAAUAUAGAUCUCUACAAGAAGGUUGACCUCAUCCGUCAAGAAAAUAUGGAAUUGCAAAAGAAGAUUCAUGGAGCAAGGAAUAUAAAUGAAUCCCAGGUAUAUCGAGCCGUAAAUUUGAAUGAAUCAAACAGAAGUUCCCAGGUCUCACAUGGUUUCAGCAAUGGAUUUGACUUACACGUGCCUAUCAAUCUCCAGUUAAGCCAGCCUCAUAACAAUGAAACACCAGAGAAAGCAAUGGAACUAGGACUACAACUUCGUUAACAAAGAGCACUACCAACUGAAGGGAUGUUGAUUGAUUUCCAAUAAACAAGAGCCCAGACAGCUACAAAACCAUGAUUCUAACAGUAGGAGUUUGUACAUGGGUUACUAUAUAAAAUACAGUCCGCUUGAAGAUUUGGUAUGACAUGAUCUAUGAAACCAACUUUAGAAUUGAUGUGAAUGAUAAUCCAAACUAGCUAUUCAUGUAAAUGUAUGUGAUAAUACAAAAGUAUUGCAUGUCCCAGGUGUUA